AAGGGGUGGAGUCCAGGUGAAGAGGGCGAGAACUGCACCCGGGGAACAGGAGUGCCCCAGGGAGGUCCCACACCCUGAAGCCGCACCUGCGCCUCGCCCCUGCACAGCCCCUUGCUCCGCCAGCAGGGAGCGCACACGCAGGUGCAAGGAGCUGGCACCUGGGCACACGCCUGGCCACACACCUGUGCAGAGCUAGUGGCAGGCCCUCCCGGCACAGGAAUGGCGCGCCCCCAGCUGCCGCCACUUCUGCUUUUGGUGCUAGUGCUGCUGCUGAAAGCUGAUAGGAAUGACAGUACUAAAGGUAAGAGUACUACGACCUCAGGGAACAGUAUGAAGACAUCACCUCUCAGCUCUCUGAUUUCUUCUCCCUUCACCCACAGCACCCACAGUUCAGGGGAACCCCCCAAAACCUACUCCAGCACCAUGAGUUUGGAGACAGGCUCCAUAACCCACCUCAGCCCCUCAAGUUCGGGGGCAACCCCUACCAUCCAGCCAAGCCCCAGCUCCACAGAUUCAAGGAUGAUUCCCUCCUCCCCACAACCAGAGACAAUCAUGCACCCUAGUUCUGGCUCCCCCAUUGCAGAGCUCACCCCCUCUUCCACCCUCCCCAGUUCCGAAUCCCUGACCCCGCACUGGAGCCCCACUUCCCACAGCCCCGGAACGGAGCCCUUGACCUUCACUGACCAGACCUUGGAGCCUCCUGGCCCAGCUCCAGGUGACACUGAGCCCCAUGAGUUACACAGGAACCCGAGCGUGGUGGUGGUUGUGUGUUUGCUGGUGUCUCUUUUGCUCAUUGGAUCUGUAGUCAUGGCUGUGAGAUUCUGUCACUGGGAUGAGUCCAAGUUUGAGAACCUGGAUGAGGUGUCCAUGGGAUCCAUGAAUGACAGAUUGUCCUUUGCCUACCACCUCCAGGAGUGAGCCCUGAGGAGCCAACAGAGAUGGGGGUGUGGAUGGGGCUGGGAUCCCUGGGGAGGAGCAGAACCUGAGGAAAUAAAGGCCCUACCAUUCAUCCAAGGCCUCCUGAGUUAUAGACUCGUGUGAUAAACAUUA